AUGCUAUCGCCGAAUGCACAGUCACAUAACGCCGGUACAUCUCCGGGUCCGAGCAAUGGAGCCAAGAGAAAGCGGAAAGUGUACUCAUGCUACGAAUGUCGCCGACGAAAAUUGCGCUGUGAUCGGAACUACCCCACCUGUAGUCGAUGUCAAAAAGCUGGUCAAGGUAGCUCUUGUUUCUAUGAUGGACCUCCGCCCUCCACAUCUCUUGAGCCCCUUGCAGCUCCAGCCCCGGGGAAAGCUGCAGGACCCACACAGCUCAGGACGACCCCGGCGCCUGUGGCCAGGGCUAACUUUGACGAUCAUCGACAACCUGUAUUAGUGGGGACAUCCUUGUCGAGCCUGGAGGCAGAUCGAAAUACUGGGACCUGGCAGCUUCUUAGUGAAAGAGCGGCUUCGACGGCCGAUUUUCAGCAUCAACGGCCUGCUGUAAAGGCCGAUAAUGAGGAGCCGCCGUUUCCUGGUCGAACCCAUGAUGCUAUUAGGAAUGUCAUCUUUCGUGGAGAGAAUUUCAGGACUCAGUAUUACGGUGGAAGUAAUCCGGCCAGUUUGAUCGGUCAUUUUCCUGAACUUCGGUCAUUCAUGAAAGAAGCUAUCAAGCUUCAAAGAUCACUUUAUAAAGUGCAACAUGAUUUGAAGACUCGGCAUAAGAAAUGGAAAGCAGAGAAAGUAAAUACACUAUCAACGCCCCAACUCGAUUUCACAUACCUUCUUCCCGACCAAAGAACGAUCGAUGAACUUGUGCACCGCUACUUCGACACCUUUGAAUCCGUCUACAAGAUCAUGCAUGGCCCGAGCUUCUGGGAAGAAUAUGAAAAAUUCUCUGCUGACCAUCUAUCGACAUCAUCUGCCUUUGUGGUCCUUGUCUUACUGAUCAUGGCCACCGCGAGCUGUAUCUCGCGCAAUGAACAAACCCGCUACAUAGGAGAUAGUUCCCUGGGCCGAGAGCGCGCAGUAAUGUGGAUCGAAGCCUCGGAAUCCUGGCUUAGAUCUCAUAGCCAGAAGAAUGUAUACCUGGCCGUCUGGCAAAUUCGCUGUCUCUUGGUCUUAGCGAAAAUGGUGAAUACAGUCAAGAAAAAGCGACACUGGACUGAGGCCGGAAACCUUGUGAGAGAAGCAAUGGCAGCAGGAAUGCACCGUGAUCCGGGUCUUCUAGGAGAAAAGGUUUCAGCGUUCGACCGAGAGAUGCGACGUCGAUUGUGGGCUACAAUAACCGAGUUAGAACUUCAGGCUUCAAUUGAUCGUGGAAUGACCUCCACAUCGGCAGGAGCAUUUGCCGAUACUCAGGGUGUUUUGAACCUCGAAGACAAAGACCUUACGGAUGAGCCUGAUGCACUAGAUACACAACGACCUGUGACCGAAUGCACCGAAAGUUCAUUCCUCUAUUUUUCGAAUAUCAGUUUCUCUCUACGCGUGUCUUUGAAUUCUCUCGUGAAUGAUAUGAGUUCUCCGUUACGAUAUGAAGAAGUCAUGCACUAUGAAGAACUUAUCACAAAAGAACUCCAAAGGCUUCCGCCGUGGACCUCUGUACGGUCCCAUCCGAAUGAGCCUGGGCUAUCCCUGGCGGCAAGAACACUUCUCGAUGUCCAACUUCGACAAUUUUUGAUCAUGCUACAUGCACCCUUCGCUCGGCAAGCUGAAAGUACAUCCCGACAUUCAUUCUCCAGAAUGGUCUGCUUUGAUGCCGCAUCCAGCAUCAUUGAUCAAUAUGCACGACUCAGCGAAUCCAAUAACCUCAUGCUAUUGCUUCUUCGACAUGAUUACUUCCGAGCUGCAUUGGUUAUCUGUCAGAAUUCGUACAUUUCUUUGACUCUUCAAAAUGAUCUCCUUCUAAGCUCCAACACCUCGGUCUUCAUAGACUAUAUCGAAAAAGCACUAUCAAUGCUAGAAGACCGCAUUGUCCAAAUUGGCACAGGAUACACUCAUCAUUGGUAUAUCUCAGCUGGACGUGCUCUGCUGCGAUUGACCCUUUCUUUGGACCAGUCAACACAAGAAAGCGGCCAGGCUGUUGACCGGGUCGCAAGACAAUAUUACAGAGUGAUGUCUUCGCAGGUCGAAAUUGAGAUUGCGAAAGAAAAAAUCAUCACACUUCCAGAGAAUAGAAUGAAUGCUAUUUAUGAACAUUCAAAACUCCCAAAUGAGUUGCUGGAUCCGUUGGGAUCGCCUUUUCCUGAUUCCAAUGCACUAAAUGCUCUUUUUGAACAAACCGAUAUGAAUGACUUUUUCGGUGACCCAGAGGUGUGGGUAUUUGAUAGUCUGUACCCGGUGGAGUCUUUGUAG